UAAAGAUGCUCAGAGAACUAGUUCUUCUAAAGACGAUGAGAGUUUUGGUAUGUUUGAAGGUAAAAAAGAUGCUCAGAGAAAUAGUUCUUCUAAAGAGGAUGAGAGUUUUGGUAUGUUUGAAGGUAAAGAAGAUGCUCAGAGAAAUAGUUCUUCUAAAGAGAAUGAAAAUUUUGGUUUCUUUGAGGGUGCACCAUUAUCAAAUGCUGACCUUAAGUCUUUUGAUGACAAGAUUGUUGCUGCUUCUUCUGAUUGGGACUCUGACUUUCAAUCUGCUGAUCAAAAUCUUUCUCAGAAAAAGAUUGAUGGUGACCCAUUUGUAAGUUCUCCAGUUGAUUUGGCUGCUCAUAUGGAUUCUGUCUUUGGUUCCGGAAAAGAUUUACUCUAUGCACAACCGGCAGAUUCUUCAACUGCUUAUGUUUCAAAAGCUGGCGAUUGGUUGCAAGAUGAUUUAUUUGGUAAUGUCACUGGUGAGGCCCAAACCAACGACUCAGCCGUCCAUGACAAGAAUGAGGGACAGAUUGUCGGUGGCAAUGGAAAUUCAUCCAUGGAUAUUGAUUGGAUCGGAGAUGAUCUAUGGCAAACCAAUGAAAAAAAAUCCAUUGAGAAGACCCCUACAGAUGUUAAUGAUGAUGAUGACGAUGACUGGAAUGAUUUUGCAAGCUCGGCUAACUCCAAGACUCCUAAUAAUCCACUUUCUCAAACCAUGGAAAGUUCCCAAUUUGAGAUUUUUUAUGGACAUGCGCAAGAUAAGAACGGUGUUAAAGAACAGAGCGUGGAUGAGAAGCAGAAUACUGAUACAAGCGUGAUGUCUGACAUAGGCAAAUGUCAAGAAGAUGAUCUCUUUGGGACUUGGGAUAGUUUCACAUCCUCAACCAUUCUGCAGACAUCUCUGCAGCCUCCCACCAUUCAUGCGAAUCCCUCUGGUGAAAAAAAUCCGGAAAUGAACUUGUUUGGGGAAAAUAACAAUAACAGAGACCUUGAUUUUGAUAGCAUCUCACGUUCUGAUUUCUUUUCUGAAAGUAGUGGCGGCAAAACCAACUCAGAGGAAGUCAAAGUCAUACCUUCUGGAACCUCAACCUUAGACAGACCGAGUGAUCCUGAUGGUAGUAAAGAUCAAACAGUUGAUCUUGUUGUAGGCACAACGACAACAGUUCCCAAGUCAAUGAGUGAUGUUGCGGAGGAGCUGAUGUCACAGAUGCAUGAUCUCUCAUUUAUGCUCGAGACCAAACUUUCAGUGCCUCCAAUCUCCAAGACAGAGUAAUAUUAUCACAGUGUACUCUCUAUCUCUCUUGCGCUCUCUUGUUUUUCCUGGGGCUUGGAGAUUGCUUGUUUUCAUGUAUAUAUAUUUCAUUUUCAAUAACUUCAAGGAUCCAAUUUUACUUACUCUGUAACCCCAAGUGGUUGUUAGUCUAGUAGUAUUGUUCAUUGGGUUACAUCCAUUGAUAUUGGCCACAUGUGGAUACACACAUAACAACUGAGACUUCAAGAACUUGUUCGGACUCUGAGUCAAUCCA